UGUUUAACAAUGUUUGACUCAAAACCCUACUGAACCUAAAUUGAAUCACAACAUUAUUUUAGGGGAAAUGUCGACUGGCGCCAAUUAGCCUGAUCAAGACAGGAGCGCACACACCAGCUCGUUCGCUGGCAACCAGCUUUUGCUGUUCGAUGAGAGCUUUUGUCGUUCGAUAAAAGCUUUUGCCGGGAGUCUUGGUUCUAGCCCCCGAGAGCGGCAAUCACUUGCGAACGCGGUGCUGGUGCGGACAUUACCUCUUCCAAACAAUCAGGAUAUUGGCUACCCACUGUCCAUUAACCCUUGAAAGUCGCGUAUUUGUUUGGUGUUCCCUUCGGCGUUUGCGGUGUGUGCGUGUAAUCCUCUCAAGCAACCAUGAGCAAGCAACUGACUCGACGUGUUGGGCAGCUGAACAAGCUCCUAACCCACGCCACAGCGGCGGCCACGACUGCAUCUUCCCACAACAACUACUUCACCUAUGUCCGGGAACUGUCGCAUCCCAUUGACCGGGAGCCUCCGAUUGUAAAACCGGAGGAGGCUGUCUCUGUGGUUAAAUCUGGUGACACGGUGUUUGCUCAGGGUGCUGCAGCCACCCCAGUGGCCUUGCUGAAUGCCAUGGCCCAGCACGGCAAGUGCAACAACCUGGAGAACGUUAACGUGUGCCACAUGCACACUGAGGGCCCGGCGGAAUAUUGCAAACCCGAAUACAAGGACAUUUUCCGUUCGAACUCCUUUUUCAUGGGCGCCAAUGUGCGAAAGGCUGUUGCCGAGGGACGGGGCGACAAUGUUCCUAUAUUUCUGCACGAGAUUCCCCAGCUUUUCUACAAAAAGAUCGUGAAACCCAAUGUGAGCUUCAUCCAUGUGUCGCCGCCGGAUAGACAUGGCUUCUGCUCUCUGGGCACCAGCGUGGACUGUGUUCGGGCUGCUCUGCUCAACUCUGAGAAAAUUGUUGCUCAAAUCAACCCGAAAAUGCCCCGCACCUUCGGUGACGCGAUCAUCCAUAAAUCUCACUUUGAUUUGGCCAUCGAGGUGUGCGAUGAUCUGCCGCAGCACGGAACCGGUAAGAUUUCGGAAGUUGAGCAGAAGAUUGGCAAGCUGAUCGCCGAGAACCUUGUCAAGGACGGUGCCACUCUGCAGAUGGGUAUUGGCAGCAUUCCUGACGCCGUUCUUGCCGCCCUGCACAACCACAAGGACCUGGGUAUCCACUCCGAGAUGUUCGCCAAUGGAGUCGUCGAUCUCGUGAAGAAGGGUUGCGUCACCAACAGCAAGAAGAAGAUGCACCAGGGCCGCAUCGUUGGCUCCUUCCUGAUUGGAGACCAGCCGCUGUACGACUUUGUCAACGACAACCCCUUCAUCGAAAUGUACACCAUCGAUUAUGUGAACAACACCAGCAUCGUGAAACAGCAGCCCCGUAUGACGGCCAUCAACAGCUGCAUUGAGGUUGACCUGACUGGACAGGUUUGUGCGGACUCGAUAGGAACACGUUUCUAUUCAGGAUUCGGAGGUCAAGUGGACUUCAUUCGUGGCGCUGCUGAGGGUCUGGACGGACUCGGCGUACCCAUCAUUGCGAUGCCCUCGUCGACCAACAAGGGCGCUACCAAGAUUGUGCCUACACUUCAGCCUGGUGCUGGUGUCGUCACAUCUAGGGCUCACGUCCACUACGUGGUCACAGAGCACGGCAUUGCCUCGCUGUUCGGAAAGAAUGUCCGCCAGCGCAUGUACGAGCUCAUCCAAAUCGCCGCUCCCGACCACCGCGAGGCCCUGGAAAAGGCAGCCUUCGAACGUAUCAAGGUGAUGCCUAGCCCCAACUAGAUACCAACACAGCCAUGUCCUGGGGCAGAGUAGUGUAACCAGCAGGCAUCUUGAAGGCAUUCCCAAAAUUGACAAGCUUCAUAGGACUGCACAUCAUCAUAAUCCUCCAGAACCAUUACCAAAAGUCAAAAUUAUAUAGCUGACUAACUUGAAAGAACUGCAAUCAUGAUAUAUAACCUUUAGAAGUUUACCGAACGUGAAAUUCAUGUGAAAAAUAAAAGUUUUAAAAUAGA